AUGACGCGCUGCCACCCCUACACUCUUGAGGACAUCUGCAUCGACGCCAAGGCGCCGCAGGAGGAGAUCAACGCUCUUAUCGGCAAGAUGGGCGCCAUCGUCCUCAAGGGUCUUCUGAGCAAGGAGGAGGUCGACCAGAUGCUUUCCGACUUCCAGCCUCACCUUGACGCUUUGGGCCCUUCGGGCAACCGCGAGCAGUGGGACGGGUCCUUCUUCCCUCCUACUUCCAAGAAGGUCCCCGGCCUUCUCGGCAAGUCGGACGCGUACGUGCACAGCAUGGCGCUCAACCCUGUCCUGAACGGCAUCGCGGACCACGCCCUUACCCGCCGCACCAAGACUACCAUGUCGAACCCGGAGCGCUACUGGUCGACCUGCCGCCCCCAGCUCAACGUCACGGGUGUCCUUGAGGUCAACCCCGGAGGCAAGGCUCAGGACCUCCACCGCGACGACGCCAUCUACCACGACCCCAUCCGCGGCUCGGACGUCUGGGACCCCAAGCAGGAGAAGUCGAUCCUCGCCCUCGCCGCUCUCACGCCCGUCACCCCCGAGAACGGAGGCACCCUCAUCGUCCCCGGCUCGCACAUCCGCAGCGAUGACCUCCCUCCUCCCACCUACGAGGACGCCAUUAGCGUCCGCGCCGACCCCGGAGACUGUGUCGUCAUCCUCUGCUCGGUCUACCACGCCGGUGGUGCGAACAAGCUCGAGGUCGGUGCCCCCAACUCGAUCCGCACGCUCGCGCUCUGCGGCUGGUCCUGCGGUUACCUCAAGCAGGAGGAGAACCAGUACCUCCAGCUCACCAAGGAGGAGGUCAUGCGCCUUCCCGUCGCUGCCCAGCGUCUCGCCGGAUGGGAGGUCUCACUCCCUUACCUCGGCUACGUCAACUGGGAGCACCCCCUCCUCACCCUCGGCCACCCCCGAAGCAAGGUGCCCCAGCUCGACGACCUGUUCUACGACAAGGACCAGUCCGACGAGCGCAAGCCCUACCUCCCCUCCGUCAUCUCGUGCUAG